AUGCCGAGGAGUCUGCCAAAGUUACAAACAGAUAGAAGAAAGAAGAGGUUGAAGUUGGCUCUUAUCAGUACUUGCUGUGUGCUGCUGACACUGGCUAUGCUGGCUCUGGGGUUGUACUACAUAAUCAGGUUCAUAAACUUGAAGUUUUACUUCUGUGCUGGGUCCCUGGAGUUUGUUGCCAUAGCAGCAGUGUGUGAUGGGAAGGAUGAUUGCAUGGAUGGAGAGGAUGAGCUCAAGUGUGUAUCCAACCUGAAGACCAACUCUGCAUAUCCAGUGAGAUUGGUGAGCAAGAGAUUGAUUUUGCAGGUCUCUGAUGAGAACCACAAGUGGAGCAGUGUGUGUGCAGAGAACUGGAAUACCUGGCACACGCGUGCAGUCUGCCAACAACUGGGCUAUAUGCAGAACCCAAGGAGCAUGCAGGUGCCAGUGUCGAGUCUACCCUCUGACCUGUGUACUGCAUUUGUCGCCCUUAAUACUGAACCUCAACAAGCAAGCUCAAACAUUCAGAGUUCACUUGCUGCGAGAGAUCAGUGUACCUCUAGCUCAGUAAUAUCACUGUCUUGCUCAGACUGCGGGGAGGUGGUUAGUGAGGACCGUGUUAUAGGAGGUGCAGAGACUGCAGUAGAACUGUGGCCAUGGCAAGCCAGUGUGCAGUGGUACAGACAGCAUGUGUGUGGAGGGGCGCUGAUCUCCACACGCUGGGUCAUCAGCGCUGCUCAUUGCUUCGCUGGACGGACACAGGAACUAGGAGCCUGGCGUGUGGUUCUAGGCCAGACUUACAUGACGUCAUAUGGAGGCAUCUCCAUGGAAGCCAUUAUCAUUCAUGGACACUACGACCCUGUAGGGCAUGACUAUGAUGUCUCCAUGCUCCGACUCACCUGGGAUGUCACACCUGGAGCCUCUAUACAUCCAGUCUGCUUGCCCCCAUACCAGCUGUCAAUCAAAGAGGGGGAGGAGCUUGUGGUGACUGGGUGGGGUACCCUGCGGGAGAAUGGUGAGUUGUCAAGUGUGCUAGAGAAAGCCACAGUACCUUUGAUUGGCUGGUCCAAGUGUUCCAAUUCAUCCAUCUAUGGCUCUGCCCUCACUCCCAGAAUGCUGUGUGCUGGCUAUCUAAAAGGUGGAGUAGAUUCUUGUCAGGGCGACAGCGGGGGUCCGCUGGUCUAUUUGGGGUCACGAUGGCAGCUGGUGGGGGUGGUGAGCUGGGGUACAGGUUGUGCUCGUCGUGGAAAACCCGGAGUGUACACCAACAUCAGCCAGUUACUGGACUGGAUUUAUGCCAUGAUGGAGGUGAGUGUGCAUGUUAUGAUUGUGGGUGGAUAA